CAGCCCUGACAGGAUUCUUGGCGUGACACGAUUGGAUAGCUGGGGAGCUUGAGUUGUUUACUUUUUUUGCUAGUCAUUUUCUAACUGUAUACCGUUACAGUAGGCUUUCGUUAUUUGUGAAACGGACACACUUUAAAACGGAAUGAGUACUACUAUUAGCACCCAACGAGGACAGUCCAAGGAUGUCCGAUGCCCAUGAAACACCCUCAGGACUUUCCCAACAUUUCUUAGCAAUACAACGUCACAUCGAUCUUACUCUGGUAUACAUUGGGGAGUUGCCCCAAGACUUCCUGCGUAUUACUCCCACUCAGCAGCAGCAACAAGUUCAGUUGGAUGCCCAAGCAGCGCAGCAGUUGCAGUAUGGGGGAUCCCUGGGCACUGUAGGACGGCUUAGCAUCACUGUAGUGCAGGCCAAGCUUGCUAAAAACUAUGGUAUGACACGCAUGGACCCUUACUGCAGGGUCCGACUAGGGUAUGCUGUUUAUGAAACACCCACAGCCCAUAAUGGUGCCAAGAAUCCACGAUGGAACAAAGUUAUCCAGUGCACUGUCCCACCUGGAGUAGACUCCUUCUACCUGGAGAUCUUUGAUGAGAGGGCAUUCUCGAUGGAUGACAGAAUUGCAUGGACACACGUCACCAUCCCGGAAGGCCUGAGAGAGGGCAGUGUGGUUGAUGAGUGGUACAGCCUCAGUGGCAGACAAGGCGACGACAAAGAGGGCAUGAUCAACCUGGUCAUGUCUUACGCUAACAUGCCAGCAGGUAUGCACAUGUCUCCACCCGUUGUCCUCAUGCCCACAGUCUAUCAGCAGGGGGUAGGAUACGUACCCAUUGCAGGAGUGCCCACUGUAUACAACCAGGGAAUGGUGCCCAUGGGUAUGCCUGCAGCACCCACUGUCGCCCCACAGGAGGCUCCCUGUAGCGAGGAGGAUCUUAAGGCACUGCAGGACAUGUUCCCCAAUCUGGACAGGGAAGUGAUCCGCACUGUAAUUGAGGCCCAGCAAGGUAACAAGGAUGCCGCAAUCAACUCUCUGCUGCAGAUGACAGAAGAGCUGUAACAGUGGAGCCACACAUAGAGCCACUGUGGCGGCCAGAACAUUGCCCAUUCACAUCAACAGCACCCUGCACAGUUUGUAAAUAUGCACUCAGGCCUGCGAGCUCUCAACUGUCACUCACACUAAAUAAAAUCCAGCAGUUUUUUUCCAACCAUAAGCAGAUGUUCAUAUCUGAGGUGUCAAACAUUUAUACAUCUGUAUACAUUACCAUCUGUAUUAUGAAACAAUGUAUAGCUUUGUUCGCAGUCCACAUCUGGGAUUGGGACAAAUUGGUUUACCUACUGAUAAGUGCUGUGAUGGCUGGUUGGCUUCUCAAUUUUACAUUCCACUUUACUCAGAAUGGGUUAUGUACAAUUGAUGUUGAUGCAGUGCUAUGUGGGGGUAAUAAAAAGUGCUAUGUGGGGGUAAUGAAAGGAAUUGAUCCUGCAGAAGCUUUAGAUCUUUGUGAAAGCAGUUGUUGUGCGACAUUGUUGAGCGCUCCCAAGCCAGUCUUCUCUGUAUAUGUGUAUUGACCAGUACUGUCUUGAGCCUAUCUGUGUUAUAUAUAUAUAUAUAUAUAUAUCUGUAUAAAUAUAGUUCUAUAUAUUCAAAAGAUUAUAAAUUAUGAAGACGAGAUUUAGGUAUGCAGUGGUUCAGAGCAGAAAGAGGACUUAUCACAAUAUAACAAACCGCGAUUACUUAGGAGAUGUGCAAAUCCCCUCAUAGCCACACAGCCAAUGCCUAACAACCUCUCAAAUGUUAAGGUUCAUUUGCCACCAUUCCACUCUACUCUGGAUAAUGCCAUGUGAUUUUGCACGUCUCCAAACAAAAAUGCCUCUCUGAAUGUUUCAAUAUCACUGGUCAGUGGCUUAGUAACUGUGGUGGAAGAAUAUAUCAUGGUAAACCAAUAUCAAAUAAUUACAUGUUAAUAUCGAAUUAUUGAAAGCAGUGAAGAAAUAAACAUAUGACUGAUAUCAUCCUUUCCCUUAACCCAUUCUGAAUUCACAGGCUUUAUUGCGAACCGUUAUAGGCUGUGAAAAUCCCUGCUGGAUUAAUAAACAAAAUUGUGUGCACGACCAAAUUAUAUUCAGAAAAUGUGUAAAUGUUGGUAUGAUUAUCAUACAAAUAAAAUGUAAUGUCCUACCACUACCAUAUAUAUUUAUAUAUACACACACACACACAUUUAGAGGAGACUUGUAAAGAUCCAUUGACAUGAGGCAUUGAAUGUUGCCGUCCCCCCAAAGGUCUAAUUUUAACAUGGGGUUUUCAUUUGAUAUUUGUAUUUGCUUAAUCUUCAAAGAUGUGCAUAUAUUUUUCCAAGGAAAGAUCCUCUGUUGUGGUUUGAUUCACAAAAACAAUUGUUAUUUCAUUUAUGCUUAGGCCAUACUCCAUGAGUGUCAUAUGUAAAAUACUUAUUGUUUUAAUUUAAUAGACUUCAUUGAUUUUCAGUGAUCCCAAUUCUGGGCACUUAUGUUUGAUUGAUUGCUCUAUCCCCUCUUGAUUUAAUAAAUUCCUGUCUACCUAGCACUUUCAUUUUAUAUGUUAGGUUUUCUUCUCUGUUUUCCCCCAUACUUGUCCCAUUCGCAUAGACAUAUUUUGAACAUGAUUGUGUCAUGUUUAGCCAGACGUCUGUAUAACUCCUAACACUUCCAACGUUUAGCCAUUCUACUUAUUUGUUAGUUCAUAAGUAAAUGUACCUUCCUAAGCUAAAGAGAGCAUAACAUUUAUUUCACUUUUACAGUCCUUUGAGAUCAAUGUGCACAAGGAUGUUCGAAGGCGCUCUAGCGAAGUUAGGAAGGUUGUUCUGAUUCUGUUGCAAUGGAAUGGCAAGGCUAUGUGCUAAAGCAGUUUAAUGGGUUAUCUGGUUUGAAUGUACAAAACUUUUUUGGCAUCAAAUUAUGUUUGCAAUUUGACAUUUGCUCUUGUUUCCUUUACUCAUUAAUUAUUACAUUAUGGAAAUAAAGGUUUAGUCUACA